AUGGUGCAGUCGCAAUCGCGGGACUCGCUGGAGCUCGCGUCGCUGGCCAGCUCCAGCGUCGCCUACGACGGCGCCGCCUCGGAGGUGUCGUCGCGUCAGAGCAUCUCGUCGUCGCGGAGGCUGUCCAUGGUGGAGGAGGAGGAUCCCUUGGACGACGGCAACCCGGCGGUGAGGGGCAGGCUGGGCCGCUCGUACUCGGUGUCGUCGGCGUUCGACUUUGCGGGCAACCUGUUCCCGCUGAGCUCGACGGCUGGCGCUGGCGGAUACGCACCCAUUGGCGCGCCGACUUCAGCGGGCAGGCCGAAUGGGGGCCUGGGCGGAGGGUCGCUGGAGAAGCUCAAGACGCUGACGUAUCUGAACGGCCUGUCGCUCAUCAUUGGACUGAUUAUCGGGUCUGGCAUCUUCUCUUCGCCUAGCCAGGUGAGCGCGAGGCUCGGGUCUCCUGGCGCAGCCCUCAUCGUGUGGGUGGUGGCGGGCAUUCUUGCAUGGACGGGCGGUGCUUCUUACGCCGAGCUGGGAGGCGCAAUCCCCCUCAACGGCGGCUCCCAAGUAUAUCUGGCCAAGACGUUCAGUGAGCUGGCCGGUUUCCUCUUCUCAUGGGUGGCUCUCCUGGUGCUGAAGCCGGGGAGCGCUGCCAUCAUCGCCAUCAUCAUGGGCGAGUAUUUCGUCAGGGCCAUCAUCGGCGCAGAAGCCGAGACGAUUAACCCCUGGAUCAACAAGGCCGUUGCGUUGGUGGGCAUCUUCAUGGUGACGUUUCUCAACUGCAUCUCGACAAGGGUCGGCACGAGGGUCAAUGAUUUUCUCAUGUUCCUCAAGUUUGUGGCACUGUUGGGAGUGACUGUGGUGGGCAUCGUGGUGGCCGCCACGGGUCUCUCUUUUAAAGGAGAUGCAAGCAGCGAGUGGAAAUCGCACGAUUGGUUCACGGGCACGUCUUCGGAUCCGUCGAAUUGGGCGAUUGCGUUGUAUGCCGGACUAUGGGCCUAUGAUGGCUGGGACAAUACAAAUUACGUCGUGGGCGAGUUUCGCAACCCUAGCAGGGACCUCCCCCGCGUCAUUCACACAGCCAUGCCGCUGGUCAUCGUCUCCUACGUCCUCGCCAACGUGUCUUACUUUCUCGUCCUCCCCUUGGCGUCCAUCAACGCCUCCAACACCGUCGCCGUCCAGUUUGGAUCCAAAGUCUUUGGACCGAUUGGCGCGCUCGUCUUUGCGCUCAUCGUCAGCGCGAGCUGCUUCGGCGCACUCAACUCAUCUACUUUUACCGCCAGCCGACUUAUUUACGUCGCUGGCAAGGAGGGCUACAUCCCUGACAUCUUUGGCCGGCUGGGUGUCGGCAGCAACGACAACGACCACGGCCUGUCGACGCAGCGUUCUCGCAGCUGGUUCUCCAAAAAAUUCCGCAGCUGCUUUGGCGACGAAGAUGCCGGCUUGUUCUUCACCCCUAUUUACGCCCUGCUACUCAACGCCGUGCUCACGUGCGGAUACUGCAUCGUCGGCGAGUUUAGCACACUGGUCACUUUUUACGGUGUGGCGGGCUACACAUUCUACUUCGUCACCGUGCUGGGCCUCAUUGUGCUGCGUGUCAAGGAGCCGCACCUGGAGCGCCCUUACAAGACGUGGAUCUCCACCCCCAUCAUCUUUUGCUGCGUCAGUCUCUUCUUGCUCAGUAGGGCCGUCUUUGCGCAGCCUUUACAGACAAUGAUUGUCGUAGCAUUCGUCGCGGCCGGCAUACCAGUGUACUUUUGGCGGAUCAGAGGGAGAGAUAGGUCUACCACGCGGAGAAGCGGCGACAUUGGCGACGCAGAGAAGCCGUGGUGGCGGUUCUGGAGACGGUGA